AUGGCCAACGAAGAGUUGCCGGAGCAGACGACGGCUGAGAAGCUCCAGCUUCUCAAGAGUCCUCUCAUCGCCGAGGACCGGUCCGACACAACAACUCUUGCUCCGACGAAACAGGCCACGGCUCCGGACUUGAGUCUCUUUGGUAACAGAUUCGAGGCGGAUUGCCCACAGUUCCAGAAGCACGAGGACGCCAGUCUGCUCGAGCUCUUCUUCGACCUCUUCUUUGCCGCCAAUUACACCGUAUUUUCUCAGACACAGGGUGUCAACAGUCACGAUCGCUUCAAGGCCUAUGUUGGAUACUUUAGUGUUCUCUGGAUUACAUGGCUCGUUGUCGGCCUUUACGAUGUGCGCUUCGUGACUGACAGUCUGUUCGAACGAGCGGCCCGAGGUGUUCAUCUCGGUGUCAUGGUUGGCUUUGCCGUCGUUGCCCCCAAGUUUACCCCCGACGACCAAAAUGUCAAGACGAUGAGAACCAUGUCUAUCAUUCUCAUGAUCUCACGCCUCUGCCUAGCCGUCGAAUACGCAAGCAUUCUCUGGCACAUCCGCAAGUACAAGAAGCAGCGUCUCCCAAUGCUGAUGCAGAUCGGCAUGAAUGUCAUCGUCGCCCUGGUCUACCUGGGCAUCACGUUCCGAUUUAGAGCGGGCAACAGCCGCGUCUUCAUCGCGUGGUAUGUCCUCGCUGGCGUCGAGGUUAUCCUCACAUUUGCCUUUGCAAACAUCUGGCCGGUGCUCAGCUUCCAGGGCACUCAUCUGAUGAAGCGUAUGGGUCUUUUGACUGUCAUGAUUCUUGGUGAUGGAAUUAUUGUUAUUGCUCAGAGUGUUGUCACCAUUGUCAAGAGCCCUGAUGCUUGGAACUCGCAAACCAUCGGUAUCGUCACUGCUGCCUCAGCCACCGUCUACUUCGUCUUCCUCGUCUACUUUGACUGGAUGAAGAACCCCAACCUCCCUCAUGUGCGCCAGCAGAUCUGGACCGUCAUCCACUUCCCCUUCCACUUGGCCCUGGUUCUCUUCAUGCAGGGCUUCACCCAAUUUGUCAUCUGGACCAAGAUCAUCGACACCCUCAAGAACCUGACCCUCGACUCCGUCUUCAACGAUGUCAACGACAUUGCCAAAUCGACAACCCAGCACAUCAUAGACAACCUAAGCAAGAUGAUUACCGACUUCUUCAAGCUCUACCCGCCCAAGUAUGCCUCAACUUGGACGACCGUCGAGAACGCCGUCACCAACAUUAGCGACAUCGCGGAUGAUUUCUGGCCUCAGUUUGCCAAGUACGCCACGACGCUCCAGGACAAGGAUUUCCCAGAUGAGGAUGAGUUCAAUACUUUUGCGGAGGCCUUCUACUCCAUCAGCUACGCCAUGGAAAACUCGCUGCUCGAGACCUUUGGCAUCGACCUUGUGACCGAAAUCUCCGAGGACAAGUCCAACUCCAACAUCACCGAGAACGCCCUCGAGGCCAAGGUUAACGAGCAGACCUGGACGCGCUUUGAGUUGGUUUUCCAAUAUGCCUACAUUGCUGCUGGCAUCACCCUCAUCCUGAUGGUCCUCCUCACCAUCGUAUCGCGCACCACCCCCUGGAGCAAAUGGAGCAUCGUUCGUACCGCCAUCUACACUCUUCUCGGUAUCGGAAUGAGCUUGGUCGCCCUCCUCAACUACAACCCUACCGACGCGGUCAAGUUCCAGGCCAGUGCUUGGAUGCUUCCCACCAUCACCCUCGUCUGGGUUCUCAUCAUCUUCCUCACUCAUAUCCGCAACCCGCCUCCCUUGUUCUUCAAGGGAAGCCAGUCUUUCUGGAGCAAGAAGAAGAGCGGGCCAUCAUACGACUACGUCAUGCCCAAUGAGACCCAGAUGGAGUACAAGGGAGCGCCACACAACCAGGUUUCUCAGGCUUAA